GCCACCAUCAAAGGUGAUCAGGGACACAUCCCAGUUCCAUGAAGUUGAGAGGGGGGCAGAGAAGUGGGGUCUCCUUGGAGCAGAAAGGAAGGCUAUCCCCCGCUGAGGUGGGGAAGGGGCUUUAGGGUCCCUCUCCAGCAAAAUUAGGAGGGGGGAGUGAUGGAUGGAUAAGCAAAAAAGGGGGCAAAGCAAGACUGUCCUGCCACCCCCAGAGAAGGAGGAGGAGGAGAAGGUCAAGCUGUGGUUGAAACGGCAUCUCAGUACCUGCCGCCGUCUCCCCCCGCCCCUUUCCUCCUGGGCCCGGGCCCAGCGAUGGCGACCAUGCUGUGCCUGCGGGAGGAGAAGCUGGAGAAGCUGAGCCAGGACGAGAUCGUGCUGGGCACCAAGGCGGUGGUGCAGGGCCUGGAGACGCUGCGCACCGAGCACCACUCCCUGCUGGCCGCCCUCGUCGACACCGUCAGCCGCCUGGAGCCGCCGCCGGAGGCCAGCGCCAGCCAGGAGAAAGCCGCCCUCCUCCGCAAGUCCCUGGAAGCCAUUGAGCUGGGGUUGGGCGAGGCCCAGGUGAUCAUCGCCCUCUCCAGCCACCUGAGCGCCGUCGAGUCGGAGAAGCAGAAGCUGCGGGCGCAGGUGCGGCGGCUGGUGCAGGAGAACCAGUGGCUGCGGGAUGAGUUGGCCACCACCCAGCAGAAGCUGCAGCGGAGCGAGCAGGCCGUGGCCCAGCUGGAGGAGGAGAAGAAGCACCUGGAGUUCAUGAACCAGAUUAAGAAAUUCGACGAGGACGUCUCGCCGUCGGAGGAGAAAAGUGGAGAGACGGCCAAGGACUCCUUGGAUGACCUCUUCCCCAGCGACGAUGACCAGGGGCCAGGGCAGACCCACAGCAGUGGAGACGCAGCCGCCCAGCACGGCGGUUACGAGAUCCCGGCGCGCCUGCGGACGCUACACAACCUCGUGAUCCAGUACGCCUCCCAGGGCCGCUACGAAGUGGCCGUGCCCCUCUGCAAGCAGGCCCUGGAGGACCUGGAGAAGACCUCGGGCCACGACCACCCCGACGUGGCCACCAUGCUGAACAUCCUGGCUUUGGUGUACAGGGACCAGAAUAAAUACAAGGAGGCCGCCCAUCUCCUCAACGAUGCCCUGGCUAUUCGGGAGAAGACGUUGGGCAAGGACCAUCCUGCCGUGGCUGCUACCCUCAACAACCUGGCCGUGUUGUAUGGGAAACGGGGCAAAUACAAGGAGGCAGAACCGCUGUGCAAGAGAGCCCUGGAAAUCCGUGAGAAGGUCCUCGGGAAGUAUCACCCGGAUGUCGCCAAGCAGCUGAACAACUUGGCCCUGCUGUGCCAGAACCAGGGGAAGUACGAGGAGGUCCAGUACUACUACCGACGCGCUCUGGAGAUCUACGAGUCGCGCCUCGGGCCCGACGACCCCAACGUGGCCAAGACCAAGAACAACCUGGCCUCCUGCUACCUCAAGCAGGGCAAGUACAAAGAUGCCGAGGCCCUCUACAAGGAGAUCCUGACCCGAGCGCACGAGAGAGAAUUCGGAUCCGUCAACGGAGACAACAAGCCGAUUUGGAUGCACGCCGAAGAGCGGGAGGACAGCAAGGAUAAGCGCAGGGAGAAGGACAGCGCCCCCUAUGGGGAAUAUGGAAGCUGGUACAAGGCCUGCAAAGUCAACAGCCCCACAGUCAACACGACCCUGAAAAGCCUGGGGGCUCUUUACCGGCGCCAGGGCAAGCUGGAGGCGGCGGAGACGCUGGAGGAGUGCGCCCAUAAAACCCGCAAGCAGGGCAUGGACGCCAUCAACCAGAGCAAGGUUGUGGAGCUGCUGAAGGACGGGAACCGCUCGGAGCACCGGCCAAGCCGCGAGGGGCUGUCUGGGGCCAGCAAGUGCGAAAAUGGGACCGAAUCGGAGGAGGGAGCCGCCGAGUGGUCUGGGGCGGGCUCCGGGGCCCUGCGGCGUAGCGGCUCCUUUGGGAAGCUCCGGGACGCCCUGCGACGCAGCAGCGAGAUGCUGGUCAAGAAGCUGCAGGGGAGUAGCCCGCAGGAGCCCAGGAACCCGGGGAUGAAGCGGGCUAGUUCGCUCAACUUCCUCAACAAGAGCGUGGAAGAGGAGUCGAGCCAGUUGCCCAGCAGCCUCUCGGAGAGCCGGGGCCUCAGCGCCAGCAACGUCGACCUCUCCCGCCGAAGCUCCCUGCUGGCUUGAGGAGCGGCAGCAUCUGCUCCGGCUCGGCCCGGGUCGGGGCACGAAGAUCGGGCUCGUGUCGGGCUGCCCGCCAGCAGGUGCCGCCCGGAAGAGCCCCCCACACACACACACCCCGCCCCUUGAACAGGGCUGGGGCCGCUGCCACUGCCCCUGGGCGGACUCGCACAGACUCACUCGCUCACUUACUCACUCGGUCUUCCUCUCGACGGCCGGCAUGUUGCUGCUACACUUGUCUUCACCUUGUGGCUGGAAACGAGACUGUGUCGUGGCCGGGCGAGUCGUAGGGGCUCUGAAGCCGGCCCUCUCCCUCCCCUCCCCUCCCCCUGGGAUCCCUCCGCUGCUGGCUGCCUUGGCGGGAGCAGGAGGGGUCCGCCUAUCCGGACCCAGGGGCCCGAGUCUGCACUCCUUAGAAACGUUCUGGGUCCCCUCAGCCCUCCCGCUGUGCCCCUCCUCAGUGGCCGUGGGGUGACAGGAGCUAUGGGGCCCCUCUCUGGAAUCGUCCCCUCCCCGGAGCGCUGGCAAGUGACCUCCCUCUGUCCCAGCAUGCUCUGCCUUUCCCACGCCAACUUCCUGGGCCAGACCUAGGAACUGGAAGGCGGCGUUUCAUGAGCCCGGAGGGUCCUGCCUCUCCCGGAUCCAAGGCCCCUGGCCCAAUUUACUUGCCUCAGCCUGGGCAUCCUGUACACUCCUUGGGGCAGUAACCUUCCAUGGAGGAGGAGGAGGAACUACAGUUCCCAGCAUUCUUUGCAGCACUUUGGUCAGCUGAGGUCCCCCCCCCCAGCUGCCUCCUCCCUUGCCCCCCGUCUGUCACUUCGCAUCCGUGUGUUGGCCUCAGGGAGAUGUUGCUUCAGCGUCCUGGUCCCUGCUGCCGUCCCGUGUGCCCGUCUGCUCCCCUCGGCCCUCUUUCUCCACCCCGCACCCCUUUUGAUGCCCUCGAUCGGUGGUUUCCAACCUUGGGGUCUCCCCAUCUUGUUGGAUGACAGCACCCAUCCUCUCUCGCCAGAAUAAAUCACAGCUGGCGUUGGAUGGGCAUGGCCAAAGCAGCAAGAGCGGGGCCGCUGGGCUUUCUGCCCUGGGCCGCGAGCCUGUCUUGGCCAAGCACUGCCCGUCUUCCGUCGGGCUCCCUUCUUCCGCAAGGAGGCGGCGUUGCUGCUGGGAGGGGAAGAAGAGAGUCCUCCGGGUGGGGAGAAGCAGCCCUUCCUCCUCCGAAUUGUGUGCCUGUUCUGAGGCAGGCUGGCCCAAUCCUUCCCUGCACCCCCCCACCCCCCCUCUUGAAAGCACUUUGGAACUCCAAGCAGCGACGACUGGGCCUGCCCCAGUGCCAGGUGGGACGUAAACGGUGGCUGGAACCGGGCAGGGUGGGGGGAAGCAACACCCACAUCUCUGUGCAUGCACCUGCACGCACAUCCGCCACUCGCCCACCCCCUUUCCCCCCACAGCCCAAGAGUGCACUGUUCCUUCUUGGCCGGUCUGCUGCUCGCCUCGGGCCCCCCGAUUCGAAUGCUGCCCAGGACGAGGCUGUGUGGCCGUGGAUGCGUUCAGGGCCCCUCCCUUACCCUCUCCCCUUGCUGCCGUGGAUGGAGAACCUUCCCGUUGACCUGGCCGAGGAAGGGACAUGCCAGUGGGGAAGUGGGGUGGGGUGCAGAAGGUUGGGGCCAACGUUGCUCUGUAUUUAAUUAUGUUGCUGUAGAAAUUAAAAGUGGGGGGGAAACCUGGGAAAAA